UUUUCGACUAUUUUCAUCUUUGUAGUGCUUAAACCGUAUGAGGAAAUAACAGGUUUCCCCAAUUCAGAUUUAUUAUGUGAAGGAACUGUUAUAUUUGAAGACACGUUCAAAACAAAAUCACUAAAUCAAAGUGUUUGGCAGAUAGAACAUAGAAUACCAACGUAUACUGGACCCGAUUACGAAUUCAAUUCUUAUCUAAAUAGUGAAGAAACGAUUUUCAUAAAAAAUUCAACGCUAUUUCUUCGACCCGUUCCUCAUAGAGACGAAGCAGAUGUACGAGGUGAUUUGGAUCUACGAAAUGGAUGUACAGCCGGAGAUAAGUCUCCUCUUGAAUGUUUCUACCAGCAGAAGUCUGCAUUUUUGCUACCGCUUGUUAAGUCUGCUAGAAUUUAUUCAAAGAAAUCGUUUAAAUUUGGAACCGUUUAUAUCAGAUGCAAGUUACCUGCUGGAGAUUGGAUUUACCCCAUAGUACAUCUUGAACNGAUAGGACAAUCCUUUGACCACAUAAAGAAGUGUUUCUUCCUCAUCUACAUAUAUGUUUCCGAAACUUUUAUAAAUACAUAUUACAUCAUGUCGUUCGAGUCUGUUUUACAUUUCACUGGUUUCUUUUUAGAUAGAAUUACUUUUGGUGUUGAUAACUAUACAUAUGGAACUGUACAGUCAAACGAGUUUUCGGCAUUUUCCGAUAUGAGUUCGGAAAACAAUAACUUGCAGUUCCGGUUGAGUAUAGGCGUGGGAGUUGGCGGGAUAACGAAUUUCCCGGACGGUUUCAAAUCGGGAGAAGUCGACAAGCCGUGGAACAACCCCGAAAGGAACAUGUUGGUGCAUUUUUUCAAUAAAAGAAACGAAUGGCUGAAAACCUGGACGGAAGACGGGUCCGCAUUGCAAAUCGAUUAUGUUAGAAUUUGGACCCUUUGAAGAUAGUUUUAAUAUUAGAAAUUUUAAUAAUUCCUUAGUUUCAUCCUAAAUCUUGUUUACUUUUUAUGUAUUUAUUUCAUAUCAAAAA